UCCUUGCACAGCCUCUAUUAUCAACGCACAUACAUGUCGCAGUCCGUCCCAGGAGCACCCCGCUACGUGGAGGUGGGCUACCUGGACGGCCAGCCCAUUGAGCGCUACGACAGCAAAUCAGGGAAGACGCAGGCCCUGACCCCCUGGAUGAGCCACAGCGUGGGCCUGAUGGAGAAUUACUGGGAGGUGCAGUCCUCCCUCGCCCACCUGAACGAGGAGGGCUUCGGGCAUUUCGUGGUGCUUUUGGAGAGGUUUUACCAUGGCCAUAUCGGCGUGGAGGCCAGCACUUGCCGUGUCAAUGAGUUCUCGUGCAACGACGGGAGCUGCAUUUUGUUUGGCUACAUCUGCGACUUGAGCCAGGACUGCAAGGACGGCAGUGACGAGACCCCCAAGCUCUGCAGCGUUGAUGAUCCUCACACCUUGCAGUGUGUCGACGGCUGUGAGCUGAGUCACGAUGGGACCGAGAAGUUGUAUCACCGGGAGGCAUAUGACGGGAAUGAGUUGAAUGAUUGGGAUGUCAUCUGGGACGUCUACCGGCACCGGAAGGGCUUCUGGGGCCUGACCUGCAUUGGGUGGCUGCAGAGGCACCUGGAGUUCCAGAAGAAGAACUUUACCAUAGACUCGGUAUGGCGUAUUGUCGGAAGUGUCUUUGGGGCCGUCGUUGUGGGCCUUGUGGUAGUCUCUGGGCUCAUCUUCUACGCCAACAAACCCAGUGUGGUGCCUUCUGAGCAGCCUGCAGAUGAAACGGCGAUGGAGUGACAGAAAUCUGAUUCCAGCCAAAGAAACAUGGAAGCAAAGGAGGAAAUCCAGGGAUGUGGCUCAAGAACUAGAAGGAAGGAAAGAAGAGAAAUACUUGCCCUGUUCUUGCAGCAGAGGGACAUUUACAGCAGACUCCUUUUAGGACCUGCGUCGGGACUUGGGCUUCAACUCUGGAGGUGGCCUCAAAUUUUGGGUGUCACCCAAUGCCUUUGAAUGCUUAAAAAAACAGAAAAACAACAAACGACAAGCUACAUGGAAGGAUCUCUUCCAAAUUGGGGGAAUGGACCUUAAAAUGGCCAGCGAGAUUGAUUCCAAAUGAGAAUUGAAAUGAUGCACAUUGGGAAAGGAAUUCCAUUUUCUCUCUACCAUGUUGGGGAUGACUGUCUGAGAAAGAGAUUGCAGAAGACGAAGGAAAAGGUCUGCCCAGUCUGCAGACUCCAAUGAAAAUAGGCAAAGCUCACCCACCCCUUGUACAUAAGUAGAAAAGGAUUGUAAAUAAAACUUGGACUAUAA